AUGGACGACUCGGCGGUUGGGUCGGACCCCGAGCUGGCAGCUCUGCCGCUCCAGUUCACCCCGCACGGGAACGUCUUGGGUACGCGGCGGCCGGCGGCGGUCGGGUCCCCUCCCGGGACCUGCUCCCCGCAUUUCGUCCCGCUCCUUCCCCCGCACCCGUUCCCCGUGUCCCCCCUGCGCUCUCCCCCCAGGUUUGCGGACCAUACCCCUGACCGCCCUGCGCCCCAUGUCUGCCCAGGCUCCACUAACAACCUCUUGGAAGAGGAAAUCUUCCACUACAUGACCCAGAGGCGGAGGAGGCUUUCACCCUCUAACUCGUCUGCCUCCUCCUAUGGGUUCUCCAGUGAGACCCAGCCCCAUAGGCCCGCCUGGCCGCCCAUGGGAUGGGAACAGGACUUGGAUUCAGCACUCGAGGGCUCAUCGGAUAUGUACAAUCUGCCCAAGAAAGAGGAUAUCUUACUUGGCCAGAGUAAAGGCUGUAAUGACGAGUACUAUGAGGCGAGUUACCUGACCGCCAGGACUUCCGGACAGGCCCAUUCUGUGGGUACAACCAAGGGCUUCCACCAGCUGGUGACUUCGCUCUCAGUUGCUGACUCCUUCCACCACCAGAUUCGAGAUGACAGCCUUUUUUCUUCUUGCGAAGAAGACAGCAAGGAUAGGGAACACCCCGUGUAUGGCUUGCAGAGUUCCUACCAGAGCAUCGCACAGUAUUGCGGAAUUUCCAGCAUCUCCAAAAGCUCCCAGGACCUGUCCUAUUAUUCUACAUCCUCAUCCUCCUCUUCUUUAUAUUCAUCUUCAACUGUUCCCCACAGCGGGCUGGGACAAGCACGGUGGGGAUCAGAGCCUGCAUCUCCAGGGCCCUGGUCUGGUGGCUUUCUGGAGCAGGUGCUGGGUCAGGCUCUCAAGGACUUGGAUGGGGAUGAUGAAAGUCUCCUUAUUGGUGAACAAAGAGAACUUAACAAAGACAUGGCCGUGUUGCAGCAAAACAUUAUGAUGGGAACUAAAAUUACAGUGCUAAAAAUUAUCGAGACAACUGAACGAGAUAAAUAA